UAUAUGUGUGUUUGUUGACUAUUCCUUCUGAUAAUACUGAACACAUCGCUUUUUUAUCCAAAACUGUCUAUGCUGACACAAAUAUCGGUGGGAUUGGUUUUGUUGAUAUUUUUUGCUGGAAAAAUGUCUUCAUUCAGUUUGAAGGAGCGAUUGUCCGAAGAGCUCACUUCGAAUGGAACUCACCGCAAAUUGGUGGCAUUCGACUUUGAUCAUACGGUUGUUGACGAUAACACCGAUAUCGUAGUACGAGAUUUGGUGAAGAGCAAAAUUACGGAUGAAGUGACAAAGUUGUACAAAAAAUCCGGUUGGAUUCCGUACAUGCAAGAGAUUUUCUAUCUUUUGCAUAACGAUGGGUUUACAAAAUCACAAAUGAAAGACUCAAUUGAAGGUAUUGCCGAAGUGGCUGGCCUAAAGACGCUAUUCAAGGAGCUGAAUGAAACGGGACAUGUGGACAUUAUCAUAAUCAGUGAUUCGAAUUCAGUGUUCAUAAAAUUCUGGUGUGAUCACAACGAUGUUAGCAAGUACAUCAAACACAUUUACACCAAUCAAGCGUACUUUAACGAAGAGGGUGUAUUGAAAAUCCAACCGUAUCACUAUCAGUUGGACUGUCAACUCAGUUCAGAGAAUUUGUGCAAAGGCAAAGUACUGGAGGACUUUGUGCGAAAUCAACAAGAAGGAAACCAUGUGAUUUACGAUCAAAUUUUCUACGUUGGUGAUGGAAACAAUGAUAUUUGCCCAGUGCUUCGACUUGGAACGCAAGAUUUUGGCUGUGCUCGCAAAGGUUAUUACAUGCAAAAAGAAUUGGACAAGAAAAACACAACUCUAGAUGCCAAAUUUGAGAUAUGGACCGACGGUCGUGAUCUCAAACAGCUGAUUUUCCAAAAUAUUUAAUCACAUAACUUUAUAAUGUAUGAUCUGAAUAAAACUUCAUCCGCUGUGAAAUUUCAUCGCAAUCAAAGUGUUCCAUAGGAAAAAAAACAAAUUUUCUAAUAAAACUAACCAAAAUUCUUCAAUUGAAAAUAAUGAAUGUAAAUUGUCACUGAAUCAAUGUUAUUAACCAAUUCAAAAAUAAACAACAUUUAUUCAAUCACAA